AUGAGUGGAAGAUUUGUUCGUGCUUCUAAAUAUAGACAUGUUUUUGGCCAACCUGCCAAACGUGAGCUUUCUUACGAUAAUCUCAAGAUAAGUAAGAACGCAUGGGAUUCUAACUUGAUCAAGGCUAACUCCAAGUUCUUAUCUGUCAACUGGGAUGCAUCUGGUGGUGGUGCAUUUGCUGUUAUUCCAUUGAAUGAGGUUGGUAAAUGCCCUGACGUAGUUCCUCUUUUCAGAGGCCACACCAGCACAGUUUUGGACACCGAUUUCAACCCAUUCAAUGAAAGAAUGAUUGCCUCAUCUUCGGACGACGGUAAGAUUGGUAUAUGGGAGAUCCCUGAAGACUAUAGUUUCUUCAAUUAUACCAAUUCUGAAGGAGAAGCCAAAGACAUCAAACCACUUAAAAAAUUGUCUGGACAUUUGCGGAAGGUCGGACACCUUAAAUUCCACCCGUUAGCCGAAAACAUUCUUGUUAGUUCUUCAAAUGAUUAUUCCGUCAAAGUUUGGAACAUUCAAACUGGAAAACCAAUUUUGACCUUACAACACAAAGACUUGGUCACUUCGUUUGCCUUCAGUUACGAUGGGAACAAACUUGCCACCACCUCAAGAGAUAAGAAGAUUAGAGUAUGGGAUUUAAGAACCGGGGAAAUGUUGCAAGAAGGCGCUGGCCAUUCUGGGGCUAAGAAUGCAAGAUGUGUCUGGUUAGGUACUGCCAACAGAAUUGCCACCACCGGUUUCUCAAGAUUGUCGGACCGUCAAAUUGGUAUCUGGAAUUCUGAUGAUAUUGGAGCCGGUCCUAUCAAUGGUUUCAUCAACAUCGACUCGUCCGCUGGUAUCUUAAUGCCAUUCUUCGAUGACUGUACCAAUAUGUUGUAUUUGGCCGGUAAAGGUGAUGGUAACAUCCGUUACUAUGAAUUCACUCCAAAGGACGACGAGUUGUACGAUAUUUCUGAAUUCCAAUCAGUCGAGCCUCAAAGAGGUUUUGCAAUUGCUCCAAAAAGAGCAGUGAACGUGAAAGAAAAUGAAAUCCUUAAAGCUUUCAAGACCGUCAAGGACACCACUAUUGAACCAAUUUCAUUUAUUGUCCCAAGAAGAGCAGAAAUGUUCCAAUUUGACUUAUAUCCAGACGCCCCUGCCGCUCAACCUGCGUUGACUACCGAAGAAUGGGUUGCUGGCAAAAAAGUUUCUGGUCCUGUGGUUUUCAAUAUGGAAUCUUUGUACGAUGAGGAUGUUGAUGCCUUCUACACUAAAUCUGACGGCAAACCUACCGAGGUGAUCAGCUCCCCAGAACCAAAAUCUCCAGUCUUUGAAGAGAAACCUGAACCGGUGAAGGAAGAACCAAAAUCACCAGUAAAUGUCGCUGCCGCCGCUUCUCCUAAGUUGUACCAAAAACCAAAAAGCUCAAUUGAUGCCUUAUUGGAAAAGAAUGAAGUCAGUGAUUUGUUGAAGAAGUCCGAAAAGUUGGACAAUCACAACAAUGUUGAAAACCCAAGUGAUAACGAAGAUGAUGGUGAAUUUGCAUCACAGUAUAAGGCAGAUUCAAAACCAGCCAUCUCAUCUGUCCCAAAGCCUGCCCCAGUAUCAAGUAUUCCAAAGCCUGCUGCCCCAGUUGAACCAAAAUCUGUUAAAAAGGAAGAACCAAAAAUAGAGGCAGCUGUAAUUAAGGAAGAACCAAAGGCUGAACCAAAAGUUGAAAAAAAGACUGAAAAAAAGACUGAAGAAGAAGCUGUUAAAGCUGGUAAACCUGCAACAAGCACCCCUGCUACUAAAGGAGGAGCCACCUUGAAAGCCACAGUUGAAAAAUUGGCCACUUUGGUUGAUAAAUUGGAAAGCCACAUUAGCGAUUUGCAAGCAGCAAACUCUGCAAAGGAUGUCAAAUUGGAGCAAUUGGAAGAGAAAAUUAACCAAUUAUUGAAGAAAUGA